AUAGAAGGGCGUGUUAUCCUGUUCGGGAACUCGAAGAAGGCGUUCGUUAUCCUCUGCGGUUUGGGGUGAGCGAGUCGAGUGAGAGGGAGGGACGGCGAGGAUGGCUGGGAUGGCGGCGCUGCAGGGCGCCAUGGCGUCCCUCUCCGUCUCCGCGCCCGGCGCGGCGAGCACAAGCAGCUUCUGGGGCAACCGGCUCGCUACCUACUCCGCGCCGCAGCCUGGGAUAAGAUUUAUGGUCAAGACAUGCCCAAUUGAAAUGAGACUUAAGAGAUGGGAGCGAAAGAAGUGCAAACCAAACAGCCUUCCCGUGCUUCACAAGAUGCAUGUUAGGAUUGGGGACACCGUACAAGUCAUCGCAGGCCGUGAGAAAGGUAAGGUUGGAGAAGUUACACGACUCUUCAAGCACAACAGCACUGUGAUCGUGAAGGACCUGAACUUGAAGUCGAAGCACAAGAAAGGCACGGGAGAUGAGCCGGGUGAAAUCGUCAUGAUUGAAGGCCCCAUUCAUAGCUCGAAUGUGAUGCUCUACUCGAAGGAGAAGAGUGUGGCAAGCAGGGUCGGCCACAAGUUCCUCGAGGACGGGACCAAGGUCCGGUACCUGAUCAAGACCGGGGAAGUCAUCGACAGUGUUGAGAAGUGGGUGAAGGUGUUCAAGGAAGGAGAUUCCGAGUAACAAUGUUAUUAUUAGGAUGGAAAGCCUGCACACGCUCUGAACCCUGGCUGCUUCCUUCUUGCAUGCCGAAAUGAGUCUGUUUAUUCUUCUGUGUAUGUUGUUGCUCACAUCCUUAGCUCCAGGUUAUUUUUUCCCUGUAUAAAUUAUACAAUUAUAUGAGUCGUAUGACCAAUUUUGGCAAA